CCACCCACCCACCGCGGAAUUCGCGGCGAGGUGGGGCUGGGCGCCCACGCUCUCCCGUCUCCAGGCAACGGGAAAAACAGAGGCCAGCUGAGAGCGCCUGCGCGGCCGUCGGUGGAGGGAGGGUUCGUGGUCGGGAAAACUAAGUCCUGGGGUUUCCCCUGAGCAACAGCUGUCCCCGAGAGCCUCAGGCUUUCAGUCCACGCCCUGAAUGGCUGGUCUCCAGUUGGCACUGCCUCUGCCUGUGGGCAUUAUGCUCCCACAUAAUAAAACGGAAGCUCCAGAGCUCCACUCAGCUAAGCAAGACCCCUCUGAAAAAGGUGACUCUUCCCAGCGGUCCUCUAUGGGGCACCCGAGGAACAAUGUCCAGCAGAAGCUUUUGAGCAACCAAGAGCAGACGCUGGAUAACCUCUACACUCACCCCAAAUGGAACACCUGCACGAAAGCCCAGAGCUACUCUUAUCCCUGCUGUGCUGGAAUCAGCCAGCAAGACUCAGGAAGCAAUCCCCAGGGCCAAGCAAAGUGUUUGUUUUACUCACCAGGCCCUCAAUCCCAGUAUCCCAAAGCAAAUAACCAGGAAUUCAUCCCCUUUACAAAGAAGCGAGUUGGGGUGGACCGGGCAUACCCACUGAAACCUGUGUUUCACCGGAAGCCCCAUAGUACAGGUGAGGCUGGCACUGAUGGGGACCCGAAUGUCUCUCCAAGACCCCCUGAGCCAAGAAGGUUUUCAUACAAUAGCUUUGGUUCAAGGAACUGGGUGAAUUCAUCUGUGGUUGGUACAGUUGCUGCCAGUCAGGAGGACAGGGUCAUGGCAAACCCCAACAGGACGGAGUGGCUGCAGAUCCAAAGACUAGAGGCUGCAGGGGAGAGUUUAGAGGAGGAAAUCCGCAGAAAAGAGGCUCUUCUGAGGGAAAAGCUGAAGAAGACAGAGGAGGAACUCAGAAGGAUCCAGAAGGAAAAAGAACAGGCUGAGGAAAAUGAAAAAAGAGAGCUGCAGAGAAUGGUACUCCCCGGGAGGAGAGUUAAAGGCAAUACCACAUACAAACCUAUCUUCUCCCCAGAACUCAUGUCUGAGGAGGUCUUCAGUAGAGACACAGGAGAGGAUGAAACUUGGGGACGGUCUCAAGAAAGAUCUAGUCCAUUCCAGUUCUCUGAUUAUGGAGUUCAGAAGCUCAAAAGGGAAAGACUGGUGGCAAGCAAUAACAACAUCCGAGACCGAGUCUCAGGGCGAUUGAAGGAGACGUUUUCUCAGGCUUCAGAAGCGCCGCUCAGUGCUUUGCGGAGGUCCACCAGCAAUUCUAGCUCGUCUAGGGCACCACACUCCUCGGGCUCCGGCUGUUCCACUGAAGAGCCAGAACGGGGUGAGUGCAGCCACUGUGGCCGAAAGUUUCUCUUGCUCAGGCUGGAGAGACACUCCAACGUCUGCCUCAGGAUGCAGAGUUCCAAGAGGAAAGUGUUUGAUUCCUCCAGGGCCCGGGCCAAGGGCACAGAACUAGAGCAGUACUUGAACUGGAAGGGACCAGCCUCAGUCAAGGCUGAACCUCCUUGGAAGAGCAACUGGAAACAGAAGCACGAAUCUUUCAUCCGUACCCUCCGUCAGGCUCGAGAGGUCCAGCAGAUAAUUGCCAAAGGUGGAAACCCCUCCGACCUGCCUCCCAUCCUGCCUGCAGAAAAUCCAGACUAUAUUCAGUGUCCUCACUGUAGCCGCCACUUUGCUCCCAAGGUGGCAGAGUGGCACAUUCCUAAGUGUAAGACCAUCAAGAACCGCCCUCCACCUCCAAGGAAGCACUGCAGUUGAGCAGACAACAGUGGAAACUUCCUUGAUAGUCCAGAAGGCUCCGCUUCUCUUCAGCAGUAAAUGGGAGUAGAAUAAUUUGAUGCAGAGCAGAAAGAACUAAAACUUUUACAUCUCCCAGGUCUGCCUGCAGAGCUGAAAUCGGUGAAGAGAGAGAGACCCAUUGCUGAGCAGCAGGAGGCAACAGGAAGCCUCAGCUUCCCACUAAAUCACCGCCUGCGGCUGGUGCGCCUCAUGUUGUUGCCCUAAGAACUGAUGGGUGAGGGCACGUAAGAGUAGCGAGGAGGCUACAUUAAAGCUCUCUUCUUCCAA